AAAUAUACCCAAAUAUUAGAUUAAACAUUCUAAAUUCAAAUACACAUUCAAUGUGUAAAAUUAAUUAUAUAUGCUUAAAUCGAUCGAUGUCUCGACUGCAAAAUAUUUGACUUUGGCGUUUCAAUACUUUUGAUGUUCUUAGAGGCCUUUUCUUAUAUUAGAAUAGUUAAAUUAUUUUAGAGAUUUUUUUGACCAAUACCUUUUUUUGUAUAUACAUAUAUAGAGAUAAAAAUGAGUUCUUUAACAAAUAUCAGCUAUGUCGAUGGUGAUGUAGUGUGGGUGAGGCUUAGCAAUAGUUGGUGGCCCGGCGAAGUAGUUGGAGAAUCACGUAUACCCGAAGGAUUACUUUCAUCAUUAAAAAAACAACCUAUUGCGAUUGUCCGAUUUUUCCAAGAAAGUACAUUCGAAUAUGUAUAUAGUAUAGACAAAAUUUGUCUUUACAAUAACCAACGAAAACAUACGUUCAUCAAGAAAGGUUUGGAAGCUGUUCGAGCAAAGAAAAAAUUUAUGGCAACUUUUCCUGAAGAUGUUGCAAUAGCUGAGAAAAUGGUAAACGGAGAUCCUAACAUAAUUAAUAGUGAGGAGUUUCAACCGACAAAAAUCAAAAAAGAGACUUGGAGUGAUAUAUUUAUUGAUCCAAAUAGAAAACAAAAAAUUCCUAAAAAAGACACUCCAAAUCAAACAAAUGUCCAAAAAAACAUGGAUCAUGGAGUUCGAAUUUUGGAACAAUCUUCAGCAAUUCCAAUGACACCGGCAUUACAAUCUGGAAAUCCAUACAAAUGUAGAGCUUGCUCCUUUUCAACAAAUCGUAUGAAUGUUUUUAUUCUUCAUAACAAAACCCACACAAAGGAAGAGCUGGUAUCACCAAAAUCUACAGCAAAAAAUGUUCUCAAACAGAAAACUUCUUCUAAAGCAGUAGUUCCUCUUAAACCACCACGUAAUCUAGACAAAAUCUUGCGGGAGCCUAAAAAACCUUCUGUAGUUGAUGAUUAUAAAGAAGAUUAUUUGAAUGAAUCAGAAAUAGAAGACAAGCCUACUGCGAAAAGAAAGCGACGAGGUAAAAAUGUACCAUCAACUCCAGCUAAAACAACAGGUUCUAAAACUCAAAAAGAAAAAACAAAAGAUGAGAAAACAGAAAGACCAGAUGAUAUUAAAAUAAAUACUGAAAUCAAAAAUAAACUUUUAGCAGACUGGAGCGAUGAUGAGCUUAGUCAAGAAGAGAAAAAUCAAUCUGAUACGAAAGAAAGUAAACAAAAAGAAAGCUCGUCAGAUAAAAACAAUCAAACAUUUGAUAACUUGAAAGAAGAUAGUGGAAAAAAUAUUCCAAUAAAAUGUCAUAAUAUUCCGAAAAAACGGGAUUUCGUUUUUUAUGAAUUAAGAGAAGAUGAACGAAAAGAAGAAAAGAAAACGUCAAGAAAAGUAGAUAAAACGAAAUUCAAUAAAAGCGAAAGUCAAUCAAUUAAAGAAAAGUUAAAAAAUCACAAAGAGAAAGAAGAAAAAUGUAAUGAGCAAGAUAAAACAGGAAAAAAGAAUUUUAAAGAAGAGGGAAAAUCAUUGGAAGACAAACAAGAAUCGAAAAAGAAGGAACAUAUUGGUUUGUUUGAAAGCCAAUUGAUUCAAAAAAGAGCUGAAGUAGAGCGCCGUAAAAAGGAGUUUGAGCAGAAACGUGUCGACGUCGAAAAGAAAAAACUAGAAGCUAAGAAAAAAACUAAAGGUGAUUUUGAUUUGUUGAUGGAACAGUUAGAGGAAACUCCGCCACUCAUUCGUAUAUCUCGUCGAAAUAAAAAUAAAAUAGAAAGUCCAUUAAAAUCGGAGAAAAAUGAAGACAAAACUAAAUAUUCGCGAAAAAUGCCUCGACCUGCUGAAACAUCCAGUCCUAGCGAGGUUGAAAUAGGCGAAGAUGAGGCAUUAGAGCAAGAAAUUAAAGAACUUCUCAAAGAAACGAGUGUUCCUGACAUUGAAAAGGAAGUUGACAAUAAAGACCGCAAAUUACCGCCAAAAGAACGAGGCAAACGUAUAUUUAAAGAAACACAACAAGUCGAUUCUCCAUCAAAAUUGAUGACAGAAUCAGAACUUUUGAUUGCUGAAACUUUAACUCAAUUGCCACAAACGGCCAUACAAUUCUCUCCAAAGAAAAUUAUUUCUCAUGACAACGAUAUUGCUGAGAGUUUGAUUAAUUUGGGUACACCACCAAAACCGGUUGCUUCUGUUGAUGGUUCAUCUCUUAGUAAUAGCAAUAGCCCUAUAUUAAAUCCUCGUAAGCGUCAUUUGCGUGCUUUAGAAGAAAAAGGCAUUGAAGAAGCAAAACCUGAAGCAAAACAAGACAGUUUAUCAAAGCGACAAAGAAAAACAGAAACAAAAGACGUCGACAGAAAUAUUAAAUUAGAGACACGAUUGCCAAAGAAGCGAAAAGCGGAGUAUCAUAAAGAGUUUGAAAGCAUUGUCAAUAAAAAUCAAAAGGUUGGGCAUGAACAAAAAGCUCAAACUCAAGAAACCCUAUUUGACAUCAAUAACAUGGAAAUUUUGUUUGACGACGAACCCAUCGCCUCUAAUAUGAAAUCCGUUUCAAAGCAAGAAAAACUUUCAACGUCUACAACCAUGAAUAUUAACAAAAAUGAAUCACAGAUUUUACAAAUUAAACCAGACAUACACAUACAACACGCAUCUAAUACUAAACCGCAAAACACCGAGUUACGCCGUCUAUCAUUUCCUAAUUCAUUAUCGAAGGAGCAGAAAUUGCGACAAGAAGUGACUCCCACGCAUCGAAAAGUCAUGAAGUUAAUUACACAAAUCGACGGCACAAAAACUUUAAUUGAAGAAGUCCAACCCAAUUUGUCGAGAGCUUCUCCUACAACUUCUUUACUAAUGCGAGCAUCUAGCUCGUCGCCUUUAGCUAAAUCUCACCGUUCCAUGUCAAAAUCACCGACAACUGGAACACCAAAGCCGCAAGUCAUCGUUGGAAGAGCAUCUAAUAAAAUUUUGAUCACUAGUAAGGGAUCAUUAAUGACAACAACCUCACCAGUCACAUCGACGACAGCUGGAUCAAAUAUUCGGUCAUCUAAUAAGAUUCAGGUUCAGUCAGAAAUUAUUAUUCCAUCAAAUCGAGUUACCAGUCGAACAAUCGAAAAUACUCCAGGGACAACUGUUAGAACUGAAAUGAUUUAUUCUUCCCAAAACAGAUCGACUGAUACAUCAAAAGAUAAGUUAAGCAAAUCGAAUGUAAUCAAGCUUUCGCCACAACAACUCAAAGAAGCCGAAAGCCUAGGUUAUGUAGAAGUACGAGGAAAUGGAAAAGUAUUAACAAAAGCAGGACUUAAAGAAUAUUUACCAAAAAUUAAUCCCAAAUUUAAGCUGAAGCGCAAAGAUUUUGACACUACUAUUGGAUCUUUAGAAUCGACGAGUCAUAUUGAACGUAUCAAACCUAUUGAUUCGUCUAUGAUUUGUAGUGAUGCAGACAACUCACCCCAAAAAAUUAAAGAUUUAAAAGUUGUUGCUCCAAAAAAGUUAAAACCUAUCUAUAAAACGAUAAAUAACGAACCAAUUGUCAUUCCGGAUGAAGAAACCGAGCCAAAAGCUCUACAAAUGCUAGAGGAGAAAGGCGGUGCAUCAAUACAGGAAUUUUUGGUAAAGCCUGUUAUUAGUGAAAGCCCUUGUAAUAGUGAAACUCCAGUAAUAUCAGUAGCAACAACACAAGCUUCAACAAAGGAGAAUAAUAACUUAGGAGAUCAGAAUUCACAAAUACUUGCCGUUUCUGCAGAAAAUUUUGGAGGUCCAUCAAAUGCGUUUUAUUUGUGUUCAGUUGGAGAUGAUGGUUCAUUUACACCAAUGAAUAAUGAAGCAUUGUAUUUAGAUUCAUCAAAUCAACUUGUGCCAAUGGUGCCCGAGACUCAAGAUAAAAUUGAAGCAGAUCAACAAAAUGCAAUUUCAGAUGAAGCUAAUGAUAACGAUGUAAGCGGUCAAAGUAUAAUUUUCAAUACUGGUGACGGACAGCAGAUAAUUCUUGAUCAACAAAGUCUCCUUGCUAUGGCAGUAUCUGGCGAUGUCUCACAAUUAUUCACGCAAGAUGGCCAACAAUUAAUAUAUCCAGGUUCGGCGCAGGACAUUUUGAAUGCUAUUGCUGCAAGUCAAAAUGAGAUGGGAGACCAGCCUAUAAUAAUCAAUGAUGAUAUUCUCACUACAGCAUUUACUAACACAGAUGUGUAUCAGCAAGAUCAACUGUUAACGGGCACAUUAGGCGAUCUUAGCAUCAAUCCCCCCGUGAAAGCUCAUGUUUCCGAAACGAAUACGGUAUUAACACAAUCUCCCAUUAUGUCAACAACAGAACAACCGACAAAAAAUAACAGUAACAUGGAAAAACAGCCGUCUGAUCUGAUUAAAAAUCUUGAUGAAAAGUUGGCGGAAAUCGGAGUAACACCUCAACAUCAAACAAAUGUCCCAGUGUCACUGGAACUUCCAAUCACAGUUACAAAUCCAGCAAUUGCACCGAAAACUACAACAAAUCUUUUAGAAAUUAACUCAAUAUAUCCAGCGAGUGUAUUAGGAGUUGCAGUAUCAUCGACAUCCCCUGCUUUAGCUGGAAUUUUAUCGACCUCGAACGUCGAGAAUCCUGUUCAACCAGAUCACACAUCGACCAUACUUUUAAUUUCAAACCCUGAAACACCUGACGAAUUCGUUCCCGAUACCCCAGAACCUGUUACUAACAAUCCAAGCACACAAGAUGGAGACGAUACAAAUUCCUCAGAAAUUCCACUACAACCAAAUAUUGUCCCUGAAUCGCUAACACAUAAUAUCAACAUGAAUAACAAUGAUGGGUUUGCCUCUGAAACAAUUAAAAAUGAAGAAUCCAUUAGAGGCUCUACAAAUGAUGAUAUUUCAAGUUUGAUAAACAACAAUAGUAACGAAAAACCAGAAUUGACUGCAAUAUCUUCAAAAAGCUGUGAAUCCGAUGACACGUUAUCACAAUUACAUGCACCGGAAACAUUGAAUGAAAAACAAAAUUUAGAUGAAUCAUAGUAACAAUUGAUCGACUAUACAAACUAUGCUUUUAAUAUGUAAUAAACUGCAAAAAAUGUGCUUUAACCUAUAAAAUAUUUAAUAAUUAUUUCAAAAGUAAAAUAAAUCAACGCCAAAACACAAACUUUAUCAAAAAAAUAAAAAGUGGACAAUAGAUGUAAACUCUAUGAAUAGCAUUAAUAUCUUAAAUUUAAUUUAGAUUAGAUGAAUAGUCAUGAAUUCAGGUGUAGGUCCUUAGUUCAAAGAGCAUCUGUUAAAUUCAAUUUAACUUACAUUGGUUAUGAUUGUGGAAAAGAAACAACAAAUAUUUUUUUGAAUGAGGAGAAUUAAAAGAAUUAUUUUUGACAAAACGGCUUUGAACAUAAAAAUGUUAAUGAUUCUUAGUGGGCAAAAAUUCAUAAAAUUAGAAUAUGUAUUAUCAGAUUAAUAAAAAAAAACUAAUUAAACCGAUUUUAGUGUUAAAAAUAAUCACUAU